AUGACCUUUUACCGGUCACCAGUAAUUCCAAUUCAUGAUGCGACGGAUCUAUCCAUCCCCCAGCUCAUGAUGCAGUACAACCCCGAUGAAGUCCAAGCAUCCAAGGUUGUUCAUACUGAUACUUUCUCCGAUGAUACCAUCACAUAUGGCUCUCUCCGCGAACAAGCUGGUCAUGCUGCCUGGGGCUUGCAGAAUAAGUUGGGACUGCAGCCAGGGGAUACCUUACUAGCAUUGGUUAACAACUCCAAUGCCUUCGUCCUUCUCGCUCAUGCGACGUGGUGGACAGGUGCUAUUUUCGCUCCUCUUAAUACAUCAGCCACACGUGAAGAUAUUUCGCAUGUUCUCCAGAUUACCCAGCCAACACAUGUUGCCACUAUUGAAGAGAAGCUCAGCACCGUCCAGGCUGCUUUAGCUGCACUAUCAAUGACGAACACCAAGAUCUUGACUGUUCGUUGCAAGGUUGACAAUCUGCCACAGUUUCCGGACGAUUUUAUUGGCAAAAGAGCUACACAGAGCCUAGCGCCCUAUGACCUCCAAGGGAGAAGCUCCAAGGACGUACCCAGCACCAUUUGCUUUUCCUCCGGAACAACUGGAAAAAUGAAGGGUGUCCAGCUCUCUCAUUACAACGUUGUUAUGAACAGCUUAAUAAUGCGCGCCUCCAUGCCGGGCAGGGUCAACUCAACUGUCCGUGAAGUCUUCUUUGCACCGUAUUGCCAUAUCUACGGCCUAACUCUUGUAGUGCUGUCUGGCAUGUGGGUUGGAGCCCAAUAUUGCAGUCUUCCGACGUUCGACUUGGAAACCUUUUGUCGCAAGUCAAGCGAGAUGAAGGUUACAGAUCUGCAUCUUGUUCCCCCGGUCGCGCUUCUCCUGGCCACAUCACCCGUUGCUCAGAAAUAUGACCUGGCUUCCUUGAGGAGAAUCGUCAUUUCUGCCGCCCCGUUGAAGAAAUCUGUGCAGCUUCUGCUCAAAAAGCGUCUUCCGCAUACCAGCAUCUGUCAAGGGUAUGGACUCACCGAAUGCUCGGGGGGGAUUAUCCAUCAGGUAGAUGAAGACGAAAAUGCUUUCGGAUGUGUUGGCAAGCUCUUCGCAGGAGUAGAAGCGCGUCUAGUCGACCCGAAGACACACAAGGACGUCCCUCUGGGUGAAGAAGGUGAACUGUGGGUCCGUGGCCCACUGGUAAUGAUGGGUUAUGUCAGUGACAGCAAAGCAACAGACCAAACUUUCUCGGAAGGAUGGAUCAGAACAGGAGAUAUAUUGAAGAUGGAUGAGAAUCAGAACUUCUGGGUCACUGAUCGUCUGAAAGAGAUGAUUAAGUACAAGGGAUUCCAAAUAGCCCCCUCCGAACUCGAAGACAUGCUCCUCCGUCAUCCAGAUGUGAUUGAUGCUGCCGUCUGUGCAGUCUACGACGAUUCCCAAGCGACCGAAGUGCCCCUCGCCUAUGUAAGCCUCUCGCCGGGAACAGUGGGACUGUCGGGUUCUGAGAAGCAGAAGGUACUCGAUGCCAUCCGGACCUGGAUGGACAGCCGGCUGGCAGGGUACAAGAAGCUCAGGGGAGGUGUCUUCCAUUUGCAGAGUUUGCCCAAGACUCCGACUGGCAAGAUUCUGAGGAGGCUUUUACCUGCGAAGUUGAAUGAGGGCAGGGAGGCGAAGCUAUAG